CCAAGGGGCUGUUCUUCUGGCUGAAUUGCCAUGGAACCGGCCCGCUAGAUAUAGUUGUGUUGAUGGAGUGGGUAGGCUCAGCGUUGAGGAAAUGGGCCGGGUCUUGCUUCCCGUGCGUUUUACCGGAAAAUGAGAGGCGCACUCCUAUUCAUCGGGAGCAAAGGCCGGGUGAGUGACCCAGACACGAGUCAACUUUUCCCAUAUCUGCAUCUUGCUGACUCGGCAACCAGGCGUGGAGCGAGUCGUCCCAAUCUACAAUAAUCAGCAACCAAAGGCAAUUCCGCCUAUGAAGCUGGUUAUCUACGGCGACUUGCCCAGUCCAAACGAGCCCCAUCCGCCCUUUCUGAACAUCUCCAAAUGGAAAACGGAGGGCAGGGACCUCGCGUCUAAAUUGAACAAACGGAAAGGCCUGCUGAGCAGGGUUGUGUCUACAAAUGAACAAAAACGGCGCAUGAUAAGCGCGCCCACAGAUUUCCGGCGGGUUCCAACUCAAGUUAACCGACGUCUAUCUUUUCGACCUUUGGAGCUGAGUAUAUAUUUGCCUGGAAACCGACUUCCAGAUUUACCCGAAUUUUGUGAUUUUGACCUUGACGGUCCAAGGGUGCCGCCCAAGGCGAUAUGGUCCCCAUCCUUCAAUUCUCAUCAUCGUCGAUACUCCGACACGCCUUCUACCUUCAGCGUUCCUCGCAAGCCAGUUGGUUCUCUAAGGGACAGAUCCUCUCUGAUCGGCGAUCAAGAUAGUUAUAUGGGACACCGAAGUACGCUCUCCGACUCGAGGUUAUCUCAAUCCAUGUCUUCUCCUUCGAUAAAUAGAUUCAAUAAUAAACGGAUUGCGCUGCAUAAUAGAUCGCAGAGUUCGCCCGUUGCUAGCCCUACGUCACCUAUAGGGUCAAACAUCAACGAGGAGACACCUCCUUUGGUUGGCGGAAAUCUGUUGUACUCCCCGGUGGCCAACUCAUCCGCUCCAUCAUCACCCCUUUCAGAUUUCGCCAUGUCAACCGUUCCCAAAACCCCUCCCACUCGUUCUGACUCGUUCGCACAUUGGCUUAUGAACUCCCCUUCAUCGCCAAAUUCUGUGCAACAAACACUUCCAAAACAUUCCUCAUCUUACACCAAACGAUGCCGCCAAAUUAGCAACUCCACUGUGUCAACAGCUACGUCCUUUACAGCUGCUUCUCGAAGGACGCACUCGUUGGCUAGUUCAAUGACAUCCGCUGGAACUCUAUAUCAGUCCACACCCGUCAGAGAUGUCAGUGACAAAACGUAUGAACUGCCGUUGGACAACGUCUCCAGAGGAAAACUAGACUAUCCACGCUACGAAGAAGUGUAUCCUACUAUUUACGAGAGCGGACAAUAUCGUUUUACUCCAACGAUGCCAGACUCUCCACGGACAUUCGGUACGGCUGAUAUUGGGUUAGCUUUUUGACGUAUGACGUGUAGGAGUGGCAUGGACAUGAGUUAUUGCAAGACACUCUUGUGCUACGUCGACUCAAGAUUUUGAUAUGAUUUUUCAUCCGCGAAAAGCGGGCUAAUAUACUACUUCUAUUCUAUAUACCCGGUAAAUAAUGCCUUACUACUGGUACAUUCAGGUUUGCGAGGAC